UCGGGUACGAGUUCAGUAUUACAUGUGAUUGAUGGAGAUAGAUACACGGUGAUGGAGCUGACUGUAUUUACCCUGUUCCUGUCGGGCGUAAUUGUGACUUCCGCCGCUUCCUUCUGUGACACCACAGCGACCUCUACAGCCUCGCCUCAGGCUGCUCCCAAGCUACCUCAGAUCCCGUCCGUAUUCCAGACCCGCAUCGAGCUCAACAUCGUGGACAAGAACACGACUGUUGACGUGUUGCAGUACUUUGAUUAUGACGGGAAUCGCGUGAGAAUUGACACGCUCAAGGACGCCAUCCAAGGAAGCAUCAUCUACAGUUUUGACACAGCGGAAAUUUUUUACGUCACUAAUGGUUUCUGUAGCGUGGGCAUGAUUAAUUCCUCAAUGGCGAUGUCUCUGUUCGGUGAAAUGAAGGACGACGGUCGCUGGCAUGUAUUGGACAGCAGCUACGCACUCAAGUUUGGCAGUAGCUACAACGAAACCUACAUGGGACAAGAUUCCAUUAGAGGCAUUUUUGUAAAUCAUUGGCGGUCAUGCUACAAGUGGCCAGGAGGGAAUCUCACUUAUUCGAUUGAUUAUUACUUUUCAGUGGACGGAGCUUGGAAUACCUCCUCAAGCUUCGUCAGUGUGCCUGUCCGUGCUGAGGUGAUGGGACCUGGUCGGGCUGGCCCCAUUCAUCACGUGUAUGAUUUCUUCAACUUCAUGCCCUCACUUCCGGAUGACGUCACGUCCGUUUUCGAGACCCCAAAAGGGGUUAUUUGCCCUGGACGGAUAAAUACAGGCAGACUUCCCCAAAUUCCAUCACAGUUCUACUACAGAGUGGAAAUCAUCAGCGAAAUCGUUAAUUUUGUGACGACAUAUGAUGUGUGGUAUGACGAAAAAUACAAACUGAUCAGGACAGACUAUCGACCGAUGACGUCAGCUCCUCCAACAUACAACACAAACCCUCUAACAGAAAUCCAAGAUUUCAAUGGAGGUGUUCGCUACCUGAGUGACAACACCUAUGGGAAUUGCUCCGUUCUGUCCUUACCUAGCCAGUCUUUCGGGGCGGCAGAAAACAUGACAGCUAUGAAGACCAACGGAUCAUUCGUACUACACAUCAAGAACCCGCUGCAGCUUUUCAAAUUAGAUUCCAAUUUCACGUACGUUGGAAAAAGAAAAUGUCGACAGAUGUUGUGUGUUGUGUUCUCGGCCAAAAGACCAUACUUAGUGGAAGGAAUGGGAAUGGCAAACGCGACCAUCGAAUUGUACUUUCUUGAUGAUGCUUUCACUAAUUACCCAAACAACGGACGGGCGGCUACCCGAGAUGUCCCCGUUAUGAUGACCAUCGAUAUUGAUGAUGUAGACUUUCAUCAAGCAAUGAAUUUCAUGGACUUUGAUGGCAAUCACCCGGAUCUCUCAGUUUUUGAUGUCUCCUCUUGUUUUUCACAAUCUGCAAAAGUUCACUUUAAAGUCCGGUUCCCAGGAGUGCUGCAGCCCGCUCUGACGGACUCCUUUAUCUACAAUGCCAGACAGCAGCUGGGUGAGACAAUGAAGGUCUCUCCGAUCCGUAUCCAGGACGUCCGCGUGGAGUAUGACAUGGCCGAUGUUUAUGUUUUGGCGUCACUUCUGGAUAGAACCUCACCCACAGCCCAGUUUACAUUUACACGAGGGCAAAAGUCCGAGUACACAGACGAUUUCAUUUUCAAGAGCAUUAUUGACCCAGUGAUGUGCGCCAAGCUGUGCGUGGAGUUUGACAACUUUACCUGUAACAGCUUCGAUUUUUGUCCCGGGGAUCCGCAGGGAUCCUGUAGACUCAGCAGACGACAUAUUUCGGAAGGUUCCACACACCUUGUGAAGGGGGGUGGAUGUGACCACUUCUCAAGAACUGUAAAUGGACCCGUUAUGAAAGAAAAAGAUAUGAACGAAGCAUACAUGUUGCUGAAAAAUGCGAUCGUAUCAAAGAACUUUUUAGUUCAGGUCAUCAUAGAAACAGUUCCUUUGAAGACAUUUGUUGGUGUCGAUUUAACCGUAACAUAUGGUUGGAUACAGGCAGCCACUACCCCAGUUAUCCAAAACUUCUUUUCCUAUAGCCAGGAAAUAGUUAUACCCCAGUAUGGUCAAAUAUUUGUGUCAAAGGUAUGGUACAGUAAAGACUACAAGCUAGUGAGAUAUGAUUUUCAUAACACCAAACCUACAUCGCCGUACUACUCUACCAAUCCGAUGACUAUCAUACACGACUUUAACACAGGAAUUCAGUAUGCAUUGGACAGGUUGUAUGAGAACUGUACAAUCGCCGCUAUAAAAGCAGGAGCCUUUGACAGCACUUUGGAUUUUUCCGAAUUAAUCAAAGACGGAUCCUAUGUAGUAGCACUAAAAAACCCUAUGGAUAUAUUUCAUUUAACACCACAGAUGCGAUUCAUUGGACAGAGAACAGUUAGAGACUUUUUGACAAAUGUAUACGAAACAGUAAUGAAAAAUUUCACCAUGCCUGGUUUAAACGGAAGCUUUACAGCAAUAAUUGAAUAUUAUUUCAUCGUGAAUGGCUGGGUUGAAAGCGCCAGUAGUGACACUGGUGGAACACAACAGUUUCUUGUGAAAACUGACAUUAUCAUUGUUGAGAAAGCAUUGGUCAUUACAACAAAUUACUUUGAUUUUGAGUACUACGAACCCGACCUAUCUCUGUUUGAUGUAAAGAAAUGUUUCACGUCUACAGACCAGCAUACUUUUCAAGUAACCUUCCCAGGAAAGUUUCACCCCUAUCUGGAUAUCUACCAAAAAGUGUUUCAACUAGAGACUCUAGAAAUGAUGUCUAAAGCUACGGGUGCAUCAAUAUUGCGCUUCCAAGAACUUUCACUCAAUUACGACCCUUAUAAUGUGUACAUCUCAGCAACCAUUUUAGGGAGACCCCCAUUUUUAACGGAAUUUACCAAACUUUCAAUACUUAUGAAAAAUCUCGGAAGCGAUGCUGUCUAUUCAAACCUGAAAUCUGCGGAGGACUGCGCCAAUGCAUGUUUAUCCACCAAUAAGUUUCCCUGUAACAGCUUUGAUUUCUGUCCGGACUCUAGCAAGUGUUAUCUAAGCAGUCGGCACAUAUCAACGGGAAAACAACCAUCAACCAACACGUCCUGUCUACAUUACACCAAAACUGUCAAUGCAUCGGUAUCACCUGCUCCAACCAUGCUUGUUGCCUACAACAACUUAAAGAACGCGGUGUAUUCUGGGCUGUUCAAGGUAGAAAUCAAAACCAGCAAUUUUACGAAGCUUUACACAGCAUCCACAAUAAAAGACACGAUACCAAGACCCAGUGACGCCGUUCAAGGAGGACAGAUGAUGAAGCAUUUCGCGGUGUUCAAACAGAACUGUAUCAUGGCGCGGAGCGAUCUGUCCAUUAGCGGUGUAGCGGUGGAUGAUUGCGCCACGGAGUGUCUGAUGGAGGAACUAUUUGACUGCCAGUCCUUUGUGUACUGUCCAGGAGAGGGUCUAUGUCUCCUCAAUCGUCUCCACCCAGACCUUAACCAAACUCUCGUACAACCACACAAGUUCUGCAACCUUUAUAUAAGACAAUAUUUGGAUCACUACAAUGCCAGACCAGGGGUGACAUUUCCAGGAAAUGCUGACAAUAUCAUUCUAGCUGUGCAAACUCCGAACAUUUGCGCUAAACAGUGUACCGUGACGGAUAACUGUAAAUCGUUUGACUACUGCGCCGAUACCAAGACUUGUAGAUUAAAGAAUACACAUGAACUGGACGCGCCCUCUGCAGUGUUCCAAGCCGCCCCAGACUGCAACCACUACUCACGAAAAUAUAUUGAUGACUUCAAAUUUGUGCAAGGGAAAGAAAUGCACUUUGGGAAAGUCUUGGAAUUCGAUGGAGUGUCUGUGGACCAAUGCGCUAAACUCUGUACAGAGGAGGAGAGUGUCAACUGCCAAACGUUCGCUUACUGUGGGAACUAUACAAAAUGCAAAUUGAUGAGUUCUACCCCAAAACACCUGGGACCCGGUUAUAUCACCUCUAGUGACUUUUGUAACCUAUACAUUAGAGUUUACAAUCCAUCAUCACCAGUCCCUGGGAACAGCUCCACCGUUAUCUACAAACAAACAUCCCAGCAGUCCCCCAAAGCAGAUCUAGGACUUCUGUUGGGAACAUCUUUUGGAGGACUAAUUCUUGGCCUCGUUUUCGGAGGGGGCGUGGUUUAUUUCUUUCGGAAGUACAAAAGGAAAGACGAUCACAUGACUAUGAACAUCUUAGAAAACGAAUCUAAUUAAAUUCCCAAAAUCUCACGUUUCUUGAAAUUGGAAAUCAAUCUGAAUGCAAGAUUCAAGUGAAUUGAAACAAUUUUAUUCAGAGAAGUACGAUUGCUGCAUUUCAGUUCUCACAUAUAGUGCAAUAUAGUGACCCUUGGCGUUCAGGAUUUUUACGUUUGUAUCAUUACAUGUACUUGCAUUGACAAACAGGUUUAAUUGUAUAGGUGCUAUUAGUUUUGAAUUUAUGAUUGCUAUGUUUCUUAUUACUAUCUUUCAAACGAUUUGUUGAUUUUCAUGUAUAUAUAUUAACAUUGAAUUAAAUCAUUCCACAA